UGUGUCUCCAUCUCUCUCUCUCUCUCUCUCUCUCUCUCUCUCUCUCUCUCUCUUCAAGAACUUUCUGGCUCUGUUUUCUCUUGGGUUAGCGUAUACAUAUUGCCAAACCAAUAUCCCCAUUAAAAAAUACACAAAAAACAGAGUAUUUGAAUUUUAAAUUUCUUCCGGGCAUUAAAAAAUUCAAGUUGGUGUUGAUAUUCGAAUUCUUCGAUUAUUCAAUUGGUCAUUAAAAUAUAAAUAUAGUCGGCCGAAGUAGGUGCCUUUGUUCCAAUGAUAAGGAGAUUGGUCUUCUUCGGGAAACAUAUCUCUCGGGAUUCGUGUCUGUCUUCGAUUCCGGAGAGUAGAAGAAGAUAGCUCGACUUUUCUUCUUCUUCCUUUUUCUGCAAUUCCCUUCAAUUCUUCAAAGUUUCUCCAUUUUUUUCGGGAAUUGGUAAUUUGGUUAAAUGGGUGUCACCAAUUCGAUUGGUUUUUGGUAAAUUUUGGUUUCCGUCCCUCAAUAUUUACUCAAAGAUUUGGAGAGACAGAGGAAGAAGAAGACACUAGGCUAUUAAGCUAUGGCUACCUAUUUCCAAAAUUUGAGUAAUCAAAACUUACUGAACCCUUAUCAAGGGGACGAGAAACUUCCCUCGUACCCCGAACCGCCCGGAAACAUGAUGAUGUAUCUGAAUCAGGCUUCCUAUGGCGCCGGAUCCUACUCCGAGGUCUUGUCCGGCGGCAACUUCUCCCCUCAGAAAUAUGCUGACUCUGAUGGGGGCAGGAGUGAAAUGAUGUUUAUACCGCCAACGAGUGAUCCAGUCAGGGACUGUGACGUUGGCGGCGAGUCCUUGAUUGGGAAACAUAGUAUGCAGGAUCAUGGAUUGUCUCUUAGCCUUUCCACCCAAAUUCCGCAACCAGUUUCUCUGCCUUCGUUUCAGUACCAAUAUCCGAAUUCAAGUCUCUCUUCGGUUUUGAGCAAUGCUCCAAUGAUAGGGAAGGGUGAGGAGUACAAUCAGAGCGAGGAGUUUAGAAACUUCGAAAGCUUGGCAUCGGGGUUAUAUGGAGGCGGCCAUGAGGCUGUCAAAACACAGGCUUUCUACAAUCCUAUGUGUUCAUCGGGAUCCAAAGAAAUGCAUUCGGAAUAUGCGUAUGACUCGCUAGGUUCCACGAACGCUAUGUUAAGCUCUAAGUACCUCAAGGCCGCGCAACAGUUGCUUGAUGAAGUGGUCAAUGUCAAAAAGGCUUUGAAGCAAUCUCGAUUGGACAAGAACCAAAGCUUUAAGCGGAGCGGAUCAGAUGGUUCCAAAGAGACUGAUGGGAAUGAUCAACAUUUACGGAGGUCAUCAGAUCCUGUUGAAUCGAGCACCAUUUCUUCUGUCGAGUUAUCAGCAGCAGAACGGCAGGAUUUGCAGAACAAGAAGACCAAACUUUUAUCCAUGUUGGAUGAGGUAGAUAGAAGGUACAAACAAUAUUACCAUCAAAUGCAAGCUGUGGUGUCAUUUUUUGACAAGGUGGCUGGGAACGGGGCUGCUGGACCGUACACUGCACUUGCUCUCCAAGCAAUUUCCCGUCAGUUUCGCAGUUUGCGUGAUUCAAUCAAGGGCCAAAUUCAAGUGACGCGGAAAAGACUGGGAGAGCAAGAUAAUUCAUCGGAUGGUCAAGGAUCAGUAAUACCCCGCCUCCGCUACGUGGACCAGCAACUCAGACAGCAGAGGGCGUUUCAGCAGCUUGGUGGAUUGCAGCAUGCUUGGAGGCCUCAAAGAGGACUUCCGGAAAGCUCUGUUUCAAUCCUUCGUGCUUGGCUGUUCGAACAUUUCCUUCUUCCCUACCCAAAGGAUUCAGAAAAGAUUAUGCUUGCAAGGCAGACAGGAUUAACGAGAAACCAGGUUGCCAACUGGUUUAUCAAUGCAAGGGUACGGCUUUGGAAGCCCAUGAUUGAGGAAAUGUACAAAGAAGAAUUCGGUGAUUUGGACACGGAUGCGAAAUCUUCACCAGAAAAUGCACUCAAAGAAGAAGCAAGAGUCGAUUUCUCAGCAUCGGAGGACAGGAAAGUGGAGUUGCACGAAAGCCUGAUAUCCGCAACUGCUGACAGCAUUGAACCAGGGCAAAUGCAUGACUCGAAGUCGGGUCACAGUUCCACAUAUGACAUGCCAGGGUUGGAUCAUUUCACGGUUGGCAACGACGUGUCACUUGCAUUGGAGUUGCGGCAUUGCGAAGAGCACGAUGGAUUUCCUCCAUCAACCGGAUCCCAUGUAACAGGUAGCGAUGCGAGCUUCUUUGGAUUGUCACUAUGAGGAUCCAGAGCAGCAACAUUUGAUUCAGAUAUGGCAAUACCCACGCGUUACUUGAUUUUGUAGUCCGAGAGGAUUAUCGCCUCCAAGUUUUGGGUGGUAAGCGGUCUCAGGCAAUGAUCGUCGAGAAACAGAAUGCUUGUUUUGUUGCUGUAGCAAAGGGGGUGUAGAUGUAGAUGUGUGUAUGAUACUGAUACCAACUAGUAAUAUAACAGAGAUUGGUGGAAGAAGAAGAAGCCUUAGGCAUAUUUGUAAACUAGUUUUGUAAAGAUAAAAGGUGAAGGAAUAUCUUGUGCAUUCAUUGAAUAAGGAACUUGGAAACUCUGUGAGUGUGACAUCAAAAUGUAUAAUCUCAUUUGGGAAAUAAGUCUGAUACCAGAUUUACAUGAAAUCGGGUGUAUAAUCCGAAGUAUUUGUUUA